UCUCCCACAGACACUCACACAGAGCCGGGCGUUUGGAUGAGAAACAGUGGGCAUGGAUCUGUCCUGAGAGGAGCUUUUCUUGCUUUUCCUCCAUAUGAGCUGCUGCUGCUGCUGGGUGAUAUUAGCCCUCCCCCUCUGCACUUGUUGCGCAGACACUGGAUGCGUUGAGUCUUUGGAGAGGAUAGGAGAGGAGAGGAAGCACUGCAACAGGUGCACAAGAGAGUCUCCGCCUGGAAGGCUGCAUGACAGGAGAUAACUUUAAAUGCCAAUUUGAAGAUCUUCUGGUCACCGUGCGUAAAACAGAAAGGAUGCCAGUUCUGACAAGCCCCGAUAUCGCCAACAAGUUCCAGGAGAAAUGGCUGGCGGUGUUCCCGGAGGACCAGGCCACCGGGUCGGACUCAGUCCCCAUGGAUGACAGCCUCACCAGCCUCCACUGGCUGCAGAAUUUCUCCAUCAUCAACGCGGACCCGGAGCGACCCAACGAAUCCGGAACGGGCUGCCCGUCCUCGGACCUUUUCCUCAAGCGGCUCCCCAGAGGAGGCACCGACUCUCCGUCCAGCCCCCCCGCCGGGGACACUGCGUCCACCGGGAUGCCUCUGUACCUCGGCAGCCCCGUGACCUCCGGCAGCGACUCGGGACCGCGCUUCAUAGACUGCGUACAUCCAGGACACGGUUACGCGCAGAUCCCCAUCCAGGCCAGCCCGCCUGCGGAGGUCGACUACAAAACCAACCCUAAAGUCAAACCUCCUUACUCCUACGCGUCCCUCAUCUGCAUGGCGAUGCAGGCCAGCAAACAGCCCAAAGUGACUCUGUCCACCAUCUACAACUGGAUCACGGAGAAUUUCUGCUACUACAGACACGCAGAGCCCAGCUGGCAGAACUCCAUCCGGCACAACCUGUCCCUCAACAAGUGUUUCAAGAAGGUCCCGAGGCAGAAAGACGAGCCGGGGAAAGGGGGCUUCUGGCAGAUCGACCCGCAGUACGCAGACAUGUUCGUCAACGGCAUCUUCAAACGCAGAAGGAUGUCUGCUAACAGCUACAACAAUAAUAGUGGCCCCCACAGACAGAGCAAACUGAGUUAUCACAGCGUCCAAAACGUCUGCCCUUACCAAGGCGGGAAACGGAAGCACUUACCGGUGAAGAGCGACAAGCUGAUGAGGGCGACGGAGUCUCCUCUUUUAGCGACGGACGCUCACAAAGCGGACAUCCUGAGGGGCGACUUCGACCUGGCAUCCGUGUUCGACGACGUCCUCGGCGGGAACUGUAGCACCUUCGAGGAUUUGGACAUCAACACGGCACUGAGCGCCUUGGGUUGUGAGACGGAGGUUUCCCUGCAGGGGAGGCAGCAUCCGGGGAGGUGGUGCAACGGAGGGGACAUCUUAGGGAACCAGUACCUGAACCACCACCAACCCUACGGGUACUUGGAUAUGAGCGGGGCGUCCCUGGACUGCAGUAUCGGGGAGAUCCACGUGCCGCAGCAGCUUCAUCCAGACCAGGAUCAGCUGAUGCAUCACCAUCAACACCUGCAGCAGUUCGAUGAGACGUCGACGUUGUUCCCAGAGGAGGUGGUGCCCUGGGAGAACAUUAAGGAAGAGGAGCAGGCGAUUCCUCUGACUCUGGAUCAGGGCUUCGGGCUGUGCGAGGGUUUCUUCUCAGAGAUGCAGCCAUGGGAGCGAGUGGAAGCCUAUCUGUGACCUUUGACCCCCAAAACCUCAUUGACUCCUAAUGAUCUACAUCCAAUGACCUGAACAUGUCUGACUACUGGUCGAACGGUGAAGAGGAUAAGAACUACGGCUCAAUCAUUCUGCAAUACAUCUGUCAUUUUGUUUUCUAAUAAUGACCUACAAACCUGAUAUUGUCAAACCUAUCUUGAACAUUAACAUGAAACUAGUUAACCAGUUAAUUUAGUUGAGAUUCCCUUGACACAAGAUCAGACUCGAGCUGCAGUGAUAAGACGAUGCAUAGAAAGAUAUUUCCGAACUUCUUUGACAAUUGGUUCAUUGUUAAAGUCAUUUUUAAUGCAAAAUUGCAUAAAAUGCUGUUUCCGUCUCUCAAAUAUGGAGAUGUUUUACUUUGUUUUAUAAUACCUUCAAGUCAAUAUCUUUGGGUUUUUGACCAGCAAAACAAGACUUUUGAAGAUAACACCUUGGACCUUUUCAAAAACAAUAAAAAAAUGUAUCUAGACAUUUAAUCAGCAGAUAUUAAUAAUGAAAAGGAUCUGUAGUUGCCGCCCUAGAUCUGAUUAAGGAUUAUUUCCCUGCAUAGACUCUCAUCUCUCCCUAAGGGUGUCGGGUGAUUGACAGCCGUGCGUAACAUGACACCACACUGAUAUAGCAGGCACAAAGAACAGAGAAACUUUUAUAAACCAAAUGAAAGUUUCAUGUGGACUGCGAAGGAUUGUCGAUCCCACUCGUUUGGAUUUUCUGGAACUAUAACGGCCUAAAUGUCGGACAGCUGGUGAUAAAAGCAUGCGUGGAAAUGAGUGCUGAACUGCAGCAAUAUGUCUCUUUGUUUUUUGUUGAGAUGAUGACAGAAGCAAAGUGAAGAAAACCCGACCCUCCUUUAAAGCACUCUUCACGAAAAAGCACUGGACUGAGAAAACGUGCAGGACUCUACUUUUGCUACAUUAGCAUUUAACAUUUUUUUUACUAACAUGCAGCGAAAUCAGCCAUUCAUCAUUCAUUAGAUCAGGAUGGAGACUUUAAAGUCAUAGACUGAGAUUAGUCAUUUAUGACCUUGUUGUAUAGUCGAUUUAAUAUAUAUUCACUAAAGUUUAUCGCAUGAAGCUAGGCAGGAAUAUUUGCCAUUUGACCGGAAAAUGAAACGCCUUCUUGUCAUGAAAAUCGAACAUUAUGCACUUUGAUAGGCAGCAGUUUUAGGAAAGCAAGACCGCUUUUAUUUCCAGGUUGUUUAGUUUAAUUUUGUAUUAAAAUGUUUCCUAAAAGUU